AUGGCUCGACAGCUCGAGCAUACAACAUCUUCUCACACUCUGAUCAGCGAGAUGGACUACCCUGGUGGACGCCCGCCCGCCAACUCAAUGUCGAUGGUUGGCAUUGCCCUCAAAGCAAUACUUAUCUCCUGGACCAUUGCUAUGGCAGUCAAGAUGCUGCGACGACCGGACAUUAUCUGUCGGCUGACACAGGUGUGCGCCGCAAUUCCCUUCUUACAUACUGUCUUCUUUGUUCUCUAUCUCCUCGGCGGCUUCUUUCUGGAGGCCAUUCACGCCCGACGGGCACAACUAUCAACGGAAACAAUGAUGUUUUCCACAGACCUGAUCUUCCCUGUUGUCCUCGGCGCUAUCUCAGAAGCCAGAACAUGUAUCGGACAGAAGCUCGCCAGGGAUCGCUUGUUCUGCAAAUGGAUGGGCUUUAUAAUAGCGUCUGUUGUCGCACAGACGGCGGCCUUCAUGCGCACACAAACAAAAUCGCCUCAUGCUGCAGCAGAGGUUCCACCCGACUCUGUCCAUCUUGUCAAGGUUCCGUACACUCAAUGGUAUGCCAUCUUAGACGAAGAAGCCACCGAACAAGCGAGACAAAAACUCAUCAACAGCUCUCCCAGCUUCUGCGACUGUGAUCGCCUAGCCCAAGACACGAUCAUCAACCUCGUUGUUCAGGACAUCCAAAAAUUCGAGACGCAGUUCAGUCACGUCUACACCACCAAAAAAGCAUUUCUCAUUGCAGCUGAGUCUGUAAAGUUACAGUUCACGACCGACUGGUUCGAGAUAUACCCGGUGCGAUUAGUUUCUCCUCCACCAAACCACACUGAGGUCACAACCAGAAUCUUCGCCAUCUUCAUCACCUUUGUGGUGCUAGUCACUCUCGGAUUCGGUCCUAUCACGGAGGUAGCCUCUUCGCUCCCCAGUGCUGUGGCACCGGCGCCAGUGCCAGCGGUUGAUUACAGAGAAGCAUUAGACUUGGAGGAACCACGGAUUCAGCGAGCGAGCGAUGAAUCGAAUACGUCGCAACGACGCGCAAGCAACGACUCUGGUUACUGGAGUCCUCCUAAAACUCCUGUUGACAAGAACGAUGUCUUUCCAGAUGUCAAGCAAAUGAAGCUUGCUUGGUAA